CUGGGGCACAGCGCUGCCCGUGCCCGGCUGUGCCGCAGGGCGGUGCGGGUCCUGCUGGAGCAGGGGGGGGGCCCCCAACCCGCUGCUCCCGGAGGGGGUCACCCCCAUCCAUCCGGCCGCCGGCAGAGAGCGGGUGGGUGCUGGGCGCUGCCCGGGGCCGCCGCUGCGCCACGGCGGGGACCCCAAGGCCAGGUCACGGCCGGAGCCCCGCAGCGUGACCCCCCCGUGAUGCCAGAGCACCCAGCUGCGGGGCUGGUGGCACUGGUGCGACCCCGACCCGCUCCCCGCUCCAGGUGCACCGAGGAGCUGCUGUCGCGUGUCGCCGCGUCCCGGGGGUGCUGCCGGUGCCUCGAGCUCCUGCUGGAGAAAGGGGGGGACCCAGAGCCCCGAGACCAGCACGGGGAACGAGACGGCGACGUGGUGCUGGGACGAGUGCUGAUCCUGCGGGACUUGGCGCACGCCUGGGGCUGGCCCCCUGCGGAGGAUCCGGGGGGGCCCUGGCGCUCCCUGUCCUUCCUGACCGAGGAUGGCACCCAGGGCAGCGUCUGCCCCGGGGACGGCGCUGAGGGGGGGCUCCUGAGCAGCACCCGCAGGUCCCUGCUGGAGGAGCUGGAGCUGGGGGGCGGCUGCAGUUCAGGGGAGCCCCUGCACUGGUGGGGCUGUCCCCCAGAGCCUCCGUCCCUCUCCAUCCCCUCCGUCGCCCCACGGCCCCCCGCAGACCCCGGGGGCUCAGCUCUCCCCCCGCAGCCCCUUGCCUCCAGCACGCUGCUCUCGGCCGGGGAUGAGCUCGGGGAGGGACCCCAGACCGCGAGGGGAAGCACGGGGGGUCCCCCCGGGGGUGUCCCCGAGCCCAGCGCUGGGGACAGCCCCGGCCCCUCUCCACAGCAGGAGUUUGGUCCUGGGGGGUCCCCGAGCUCCCCCCAGCCCCGGUGCUACAGCAGGGUCCCGGGGGCACGCGGGGUGUCCCCAAGGGCUCCCCUGCUCCGCGGUGGCCUGAGCAACUGCUCCGUAGCGUGCCAGAGCCCUGGGGACAGCGAUGUCCUGGGCGCUGCGGCUCAGCACCGUCCCGGUGUCCCCCAGGGACCACCAGUGGGCUGGGCAGGGCUGGGGGGGGACAUCCCCAACCUGGGAACGACGGUACUCGAGGUGGGGGCCGGGGGCUGUGACCGCAGCAGCCUUGGGGACAGCAGCGGUGCCAGCGAGCGCUUCGUCAGUGCCGUGGAGACCCUGGAGCCCAGCGAGGCCGGGGGGUGCCCGGGGGCUCAGCACCGCCGCUCCCCCCAGCCCAGGGCAGCCGGGGGGCUGGAGCCAGGCAGAGCCCCCUCCCCAGCUGGAGCCGCUGCCUGGGAGCUGCCCCCCGCCAGCCCCCCAAAUACGGGGCAGGUGCAGGGUGAGGAUUUCUGGGGGGGCUCCAGGGCAGCCCCUUGCUGCGAGGACGGCUCAGAUGUGGGCGAUGGAGGGGAGCUGCUUUCCCGGCUCCAGGCGUGCAGCCUCCGGGGCUCCCCCCCCUGCACCCCAGGACCCCUUUGCAGCCCAGCCAGUCUCGCUGCUGGGGGUGUCGCCCCCCAGGGCCAGGAGCCCCCCAGGUACCACCACGUCACCCCCAGGACCAAAAGCCGCCUCCAGGCCUCUGCGGCACGGCUCAGCGCCUCCUCUUCCUCCUCCCUCUUUGACGAGACGCUGGAGAUGCCCCGGAGGCCCCCCAGGCUCAGAGCACCCCGGGGUGUCUCCAGGGACCCUGCCACCACCUUGGGGCACUGCAUCACCCUGGGGGCCAAGGAUGUGUCCGGUGGGGCCAGAGAGGGGACGGCCUCUUUGGAUGACACCGAGAUCUUCCCCAGAGCCCCCAGCCAGCCCAGCUCCCCCCUGGGGACCAGCAGCUCCCCCGGCUCCAGCCCCACGGUCCUGCUGGUCCCUGGGGACCACGGCCACCCCCAGGACUCCCCCUUAGGUGCUCAGGGUUCCCCCUGUGCUGCCGGCAGCCCCAACCCCAGGGUGCUGGAGGGUUGCUCUGGGUGGCAGGACCCCUCACCCUUGGGGACACGCCAGCCCCCAUGGCCCCACGGGAGUUUCAGCCGCCCCCCGGUCCCACGGCAGCUGGGCAGCGCCAUGGCGGAGCCAGGGAGCCCGGCCGUGCCGCUCUCGCCUGCCGGCCGCAGCACCCACCGCCACGCUGGGGAGCACCUGGAGGAGGGGGAGCGGGGACGGGCACCCACCGAGCGGCAUGGCCCCGGCACGGAGGCCACCACCAGCCCUGAGGAUGCCGCGAUCCAGGAUGGGCGAGCAUGCACCGCGCCACCGCGGCCUGUCUCGGAUGAAGCUCUGCGCCGGCGGCUGCGGGCGUUGGGGGAUGACCCGGGGCCCGUCACGGAGCUCACCAGGCGGCUCUACCUGCGGCGGCUGGAGGAGCUGGUGAGGGGACCCCGGGGGAGGUCGGCAGGACACAGCCCUGAGCUGGCGGCUGCGCUGCGGACCGGCCACGUCCCCGACUGUGCCCAGGACGAGCUGGCGCUGGCCCGGCAGUUUGACCGCCCCGACCGGAGCCGGCGCUGGCGAGAGGGGCUGGUCAAGUCCAGCUUCAACUACCUCCUCCUCGACCCCAGGACCACCCAGAACCUGCCGCUUCGCUCCCACCGCCUGAGCCCGGCCAAGUGCUUCAGGACCUUCGUCAAAGCCAUCUUCUACGUGGGCAAGGGGACGCGUGCCCGGCCGUACUGCCACCUUGCCGAGGCGCUGAGCCAGCACCGCGCCGGGACGCAGAAGGGCUGCCCCAAGGUGCGGCGCAUCCUGGAGAUCUGGGCGAGCGGGCAGGGCGUGAUCUCCGUGCACUGCUUCCAGAGCACCGUCCCGGCGGAGGCUUACACGCGGGAGGGCUGCCUCGUGGAGGCUCUGGGGCUGCAGACCAUCACGAACCAGAGGAAGGGGAACUGCUACGGCGUGGCGGCGAGCUGGCCGGCGGAGCGGCGCCGGCGCCUGGGCGUCCAUAUGCUGCACAGGGCCAUGCGCAUCUUCCUGGCCGAGGGCGAGCGGCAGCUCCGGCCGGCGGACAUCCAGGGCGGGCGCUGAGCACCCUGGGGUGCUGGGGGGCACCCCCUGCCUGCACCUUCCCUCUGCCCUGUCCCUGGAGGUGGCCGCGCUCUGGGCGCGGGUUUUAUGUCGUGAUCACUGGCGAGAAUUUUUCUAUUUUUCUGUUUUCCUAAAGGGUGAUAAAUAAAUCACUGCAGGUCUCUU